UGCCAGCCAAUCCAAUCUCCAAUCCCCGCUUGUUUGAUGUGUAUCUCAUCGCGUUACCAGAGGACGCCAGUCUUGUCGUCUCAGUCGUCAUCGUCAUCUCUCGCGUGUUCCCUUCUCUUUCUCGCUAACAUAUAAAAUACACCACACGUUACUCGAACUUGGUCUCACCCUCCCCUUUUUUUCGGCGGUCCACUGCAAGCGUGUACGGAGAACGGAGUACUGAGUCAUACCACCAUCGCUUAUAUGCAUCUGCAACAUACACACAACAUACGUGGCUUAUACGCCCUUGUGCAUACCUACACUCUCUACCUAUAGAUGUGUUGUUUCUCCCGAACCGCACAAAGACGCAGCUAAGUCGUUGGAAGUUAGCCCCGCGCAGCUCGGCUCAACGGCAGGCACGCCGCAGUUAGCGUACCAACUCUAAAGAGUAUUUACGUAGAGUAGCACGGAGACAGAGCAGUAGCAGCGUUCACUCGCUCGCAGUGUGUCUCUUCUUUCCGGGCUACUCUCAGCGAGGAAAGAUGGCUCAGAACAAUUAUUUCGGCUUCACCCACGGCGGCACGCAAUAUGGAGCUACCAGUGCUGCAGCCUACCAGACCGGCCAGGCUGGCUACGCCGUGACCCCAGCAGCGACCGCCGCAACGUACACCCAGAGACCCGCCGCCGCAGCGGCCACAGGUUACGAAACUUACCAGGCAGCUGCAGCUGCUGCCGCGACCGGCACCACGUACGCCGCAGCUUAUCCAGGAACAGUGCCACAGACCUACGACUACAGUUACGGACGCGCAGCUCCUGCGGCUACGUACGACGCGACCAAAACCUAUUACCAGCAACCGGCGGCCGCUGCCACUUACACGACUACUGAGACCCACUACCAGGCGGCUAAGCCAGCCUACAGCACGACUAGCGCGUACGCCGGUGCUCCUCGUCAGCCAACGGCCACUGGUCAGGCCAAGACUUAUCAGGCGGCGAGUACGGCCUACCCGCAGCCCAAUCCCUCCCAGAACGCAGCUUACUCUUCCGGUUACUCGGCUCCAGCUGCACCUGCUGCUGCUCCAGCUGCAGCCACGAACAAAGCGGGUACAGCGUAUUCCGGAUACGACGCAGCGCUGUACAGCGCUGCGACAAUAUACGUAGCUCAGCAGAGCGCAAACAGCAAUUCGACUAACUUGAAGACCGGAGGUUGGCAGGGCUACGGGCGCAAAGGUUUUGGCUCGGGCGGCGCGGGUGGCGGCGGAGGCGGCGGAAUGAAAGCGAUGCGACCCAAACAGCCGCCCAAGCCCCAGCAGCUGCAUUACUGCGACGUUUGCAAAAUCAGCUGCGCCGGGCCGCAGACCUAUCGCGAGCAUCUUGAGGGUCAGAAGCACAAAAAAAAGGAAGCCUCCCUCAAGGUGCCGCAACAGCCGCCGGCGCGGGGUGCCGGCAACUCGUUGCGUUGUGAGCUGUGCGACGUUACCUGCACUGGCAAUGACGCCUAUGCAGCUCACAUUCGUGGUGCCAAGCAUCAAAAGGUCGUUAAGCUACACACAAAGCUGGGCAAGCCUAUUCCUAGUGCUGAUCCUACGGUGCUCAAUCCAAAGCCAAGCGCCAUCAAGGUUGGUGCUGCCGUCAAGAAGGGCGUAAUCACGGCUGCACCAAAGAUAAACUUUGUUGCUUCUGGAAACCUCGGAACAGUUAACACUGGCAAUGAUGUAAAAAUUGAAGAAAGCGAAGAUGCUGGUGAAGAACAGUCUGGCGAGGAAAAAGAUAUUCAGCCAGUUGGGCAAGAAUACAUCGAGGAAAACAAGUCAGAUGAUGGAAAAAUCAUCAGCUUCAACUGCAAGCUCUGCGAGUGCCGCUUUAACGAUCCUAAUGCGAAAGACAUGCACAUGAAGGGCAGAAGACACAGAUUUGCAUACAAAAAGAAAGUAAAUCCUGAUCUUGUAGUUGACAUGAAGCCUAGUCUGAAGCAACGCAAGAUGUUGGAAGAGAAAUUGAGACAGCAACAAAUGCGUGAGGAGUACAUGAGACGUCGAGAUGAAAUGUCACACAUGGGUCCAAUGGGUCCAAUGAUUGAUGAGGAAAUGAUGUACUGGGAAGAGCGUCGUCGUUAUGAGGAAGACGUCGAAUACUAUGAGUGGUACCGACGCUAUGGUCGUGGUCCAGGUGCUCCUAUGCCUAGGCCUUUCCCUGGACCGCCACCGAUGAUGUUCCCAGGUCCACCACAACGUCGACCGGAUACAUCCGACGACAAACACGUUAUUGCACACCACUCGUCCAUUUAUCCUAAAGAGGAAGAACUCCAAGCUGUUCAAAAGAUUGUUUCGCACACUGAGAAAGCUCUUAAGUUCGUUUCUGAUGCGCUUGCUGAAUCUGCAGCUCCAGCAGCAACUGCAGCCAACUCUACGAGUGCCAAUUCCAAUGAUGCUGCAAAGAAGGAUGAAGCCAAUAAAAAGUCUCUUCCAAAAGAAGAUGGCAGAGAUGGAAAUUUAUUCUCUUUCCAAAAAGAAAAGGAAGACUCGCGAGUUCUUCGUGGUGUCAUGCGAGUUGGAAACCUGGCCAAGGGUCUUUUACUUUCUGGAGACAAUCACGUGUGUCUCGUAGUUUUGUGUGCUGAAAAGCCAACUAGAACUCUACUGAACAAAGUCGCUGAAAUAUUGCCAGCUCAAUUGAAAAUCGUAGCUCCGGAAGAGGCUUACAAUGUCGGCAAACAUCCCGAGUCAGCUGCUCUCACAGUGUCAGGUGGAACGGUGACCGUCAGUGUAACUUUGACAAGUCCUCUGAUGCGUGAUGCCAUGAAAACACCUGCUGCAGGAGAUAAUGCUGGGCAGCAGCAACAGGGAGCUGCGCAACAACAAACGACGCCCGUGACGCCGGCCGCGACGAAACCAGACCCACCGGAUGUACUUCCCAAGGCUAAAUGUUUGGAGGCUUUGGCCGCGCUCAGGCAUGCCAAGUGGUUUCAGGCUAGAGCGACAUCAUUGCAGAGCUGCGUUAUGGUCAUUCGUAUUAUGCGCGAUUUGUGCAAUCGCGUACCAACUUGGAGUUCAUUGAAUCCAUGGGCAUUAGAGUUACUGACUGAAAAGGUAUUAAGCACAGCUGGUGGUCCACUCAGUCCAGGUGCCGCUUUAAGACGACUCUUGGAAUGUAUUGCGGGUGGAAUUUUACUCCCUGGAAGUCCAGGACUAGCCGAUCCAUGCGAAAAGGAUCCGGUUGAUGCAAUUGGCAACAUGACGACUCAGCAACGAGAAGACAUUACAGCCUCGGCACAGCAUGACCUGCGAUUAGUCGCUUUCCGUCAGAUACAUAAGGUCUUAGGCAUGGAACAACUACCACCGCCCAAACACAAGGGUACAUUUACGCGCAAGCGAAGACGCGACAACAGUAACGGAGAGGGCACGGACAGCGAAGCGUCAAAGAAAGACAAAAAGGCGGAAGAAACCAAGAUGGAGACGGACUCCAAGUAGAUUUAACCAAAACAUUCAAUUUUAUUAUUAAGUCGUAAUUUAUGAAUGCAAGACAACGUUGUAAAACCUAAAAACAAGGUUUUCUCUCUCCCCAGUCCCUCCAUGAAUUAUGAAUCAUUACUUCUGAUGGUCUGUUCGUUUUCUCUUUUUCUAUAAAGGAAAAGUUACGGAAUUAAAUAAUUUAGAUGACAAUUGCGUACACUUCUUAAUAUACAACGCUGAAUUGUAUGCUUUUUUUGAAAUUAGAAAUUAAAUUUUUCCGUAGAUCGGAGGUCAUUUUGAAAAAAGAAAAUUAGUGAUAACUUUUUUUUCAACGUAAACGAAAAGAUCUCCUAGUUAGGCUAUCGGGGUAGUGGUUAACUUGAAAAAAAAAAAAAAAACAUGAGCUCUUUUGGAGGAAAUAAUGGUAGACUUGUUAGUCUGCAUUAAUUUAGCUGUGCGUCUUGAAAUAUUAAAAAUGGUCACAAGUGUAGUAUGCGAGAAUGCUUAUAAGUUUAUAAACCAAAAAUAAAUUGUAUGAAAACGAAAUAUAUUGGAGAUCAAGAAUAAUAAUUCAAUUGGUAAUUUUCUCAUAAUGUAGCAAUUAUUUUAUUUGAAAGUACCUUCAACUAAUUGGGAAUCAGGAUCAUUUAAAGCACCACAUAAUUAGUAUUCAUCAAAUUAAUUUCAAGCCAUUAAUAAGACCCUAUUAAAGUUUAUGUUGGGCUUGUUAAUGUUAAAGAAAAACUCACCUAAAAAGUGUGAUUUUUCUACUGUACGUUAACGUCUCUGAACAAGUGUAUAUCGUAUAUUAGAAGAAACUGACAAAAUUGGAAGUAGACAAAUAAUCGACAGUUCUUGUCAAUUUCAAAAGCAAGGUUGUAGCGUUUACAUCAUGCAAACUAAAGGCAACGAACUACAAAAAAAAUUGCACUUACCACUCAUGAAAUCUUGUUGUUAAUUGAUUUCAAAUCUGUUCAAUUAAAUGUCUAACAGAGUAGUGGUGUACUUUAGUAAAGCGUUUCAAUGUUAUCCAUUCAAUUCAAUUUGAGUUUAUUUUUCCCAUCUUUUUUAUUAAACUGUUAAAAAUUAUUAUUUCUACUUCUUUUUUACGAAAAAGUUUUUUCUUAGUGACCGUACAUAAAUUUCUAUAAAUCCGUGUAUGUUCCUAAUUCAAUAUCUGCAUUGCGUUAAUAUGCAACUUUUAUACAAUAUGUCUAGUAUCAUUGUGCUAUUUUGUAUACGAAAGUAAUCCUUUUCUUAUAAAGAGUACAAUUUUCUAAAGAUGUGUAUUGGUAUGUAUGCAAUUUAGUCAUGGUUUUUUUGCAACUUGAGUGCAAUGAUCAAUUUUUUAUUCAAAAAAACAAGCGAUGUGGAGUACUUAAAAAUAAGGUUUAUUUAAGUAUCGUUAAAAAUUAAAAAUUUUUGUUAAGCUAUUGAUUCAUUAAUGUAUUUGUCAUUUUGCUGUAAUAAAUAGAGGCUUACGAGUGAA